GGCCCCGGAGGGGGUCACCCGGCCGGAGCCCUGAGACGCUGCCCGGCCCGGCUCCACCAUGAACGUCGCGCUGCAGGAGCUGGGCGGCCGCGGCAACAUGGUGGAGUACACGCGGGCCACGCUGCGGGAGGAGGAUGCUCCCGAGACCCCCGGGGAGCGCGGGGCCUCCGCUGACGCCCUGGAGGUGGGCAAGGGGGCUCCCCCUUCUUCACCAGGCCCUGGGCCCGGCCUGACGCCUGGCGCGCCCAGAAGCUCUGGGCUGUUCCGGAGGGCCACCUGCCCCCAGCUCCGCGCCUGCUCUGGCCUCUGCGCUAGGACUACGGUGGGGCUCCGGAAGGGCACAACACAACUCUUAGGCUCACACACACAGCUGGAGCUGGCCUUGAUGGGUGUCUCUCUACUGCUGGCUGCUCUGCUCCUGGGCUGCCUGGUGGCCCUGGGGGUCCAGGACCACAGAGACCCAUCCCGAAGCAUGUGUCUCACGGAAGCCUGCGUUCGAGUGGCCGGGAAAAUCCUGGAGUCCCUGGACCGUGGAGUGAGCCCCUGUGAGGACUUUUACCAGUUCUCCUGCGGAGGCUGGAUUCGGAAGAACCCCCUGCCUGACGGGCGCUCUCGCUGGAACACCUUCAACAGCCUGUGGGACCAGAACCAGGCCAUACUGAAGCACGUGCUUGAGAACGCCACCUUCAACUCUAGCAGCGAAGCCGAGCGGAAGACGCAGCGCUUCUACCUGUCCUGCCUGCAGGUGGAGCGCAUCGAGGAUCUGGGCGCCCAGCCCCUGCGGGACCUCAUUGACAAGAUUGGUGGUUGGAACAUUACGGGUCCCUGGGACCAGGACAACUUCAUGGAGGUUCUGAAGGCAGUGGCGGGGACCUACAGGGCCACCCCCUUCUUCACUGUCUACAUCAGCGCCGACUCUAAGAGUUCCAACAGCAACGUCAUCCAGGUGGACCAGUCUGGGCUCUUCCUGCCCUCGCGAGAUUACUACUUAAACAGAACUGCCAAUGAGAAAGUGCUCACUGCCUACCUGGACUACAUGGAGGAGCUGGGGCUGCUGCUGGGUGGACCGCCAGCCUCCACCCGGGAGCAGAUGUGGCAGGUCCUGGAGCUGGAAACACAGCUGGCCAACAUCACGGUGCCCCAGGACCAACGGCGCGACGAGGAGAAGAUCUAUCACAAGAUGAGCAUCUCGGAGCUGCAGGCUCUGGCGCCCUCGGUGGACUGGCUCGAGUUCCUGUCUUUCUUGCUGGCACCCUUGGAGUUGGGUGACUCUGAGCCUGUGGUGGUGUAUGGCAUGGAUUAUUUGCAGCAGGUGUCAGACCUCAUCAACCGCACAGAACCAAGCGUCCUGAACAAUUACCUGAUUUGGAACCUGGUGCAGAAGACAACCACGAGCCUGGACCGGCGCUUUGAGUCUGCACAAGAGAAGCUGCUGGAGACCUUGUACGGCACGAAGAAGUCCUGCACGCCACGGUGGCAGACCUGUAUCUCCAACACGGAUGAUGCCCUGGGCUUUGCUCUGGGGUCCCUCUUCGUGAAAGCCACAUUUGACCGACAAAGCAAGGAAAUAGCAGAGGGGAUGAUCAGCGAAAUCCGCUCUGCUUUUGAGGAGGCCCUGGACCAGCUGGUUUGGAUGGAUGAGAAGACCCGGCAGGCGGCCAAGGAGAAAGCAGAUGCCAUCUAUGAUAUGAUUGGCUUCCCGGACUUCAUCCUGGAACCUAAGGAGCUGGAUGAUGUGUACGAUGGGUAUGAAGUCUCUGAAGAUUCUUUCUUCCAAAACAUGUUGAACUUGUACAACUUCUCUGCCAAGGUGAUGGCUGACCAGCUCCGAAAGCCUCCCAGCCGAGACCAGUGGAGCAUGACUCCCCAGACGGUGAACGCCUACUACCUUCCAACCAAGAAUGAAAUCGUCUUCCCUGCUGGCAUCCUGCAGGCCCCCUUCUAUGCCCGCAACCACCCCAAGGCCCUGAACUUUGGUGGCAUUGGUGUGGUCAUGGGCCACGAGUUGACACAUGCUUUUGAUGACCAAGGGCGCGAGUAUGACAAGGAAGGGAACCUGAGGCCCUGGUGGCAGAAUGAGUCGCUGGCAGCCUUCCAGAACCACACGGCCUGCAUGGAGGAGCAGUACAAUCAGUACCAGGUCAACGGGGAGAGGCUCAACGGCCGCCAGACCCUGGGGGAGAACAUCGCCGACAAUGGGGGGCUGAAGGCAGCCUACAACGCUUACAAAGCGUGGCUGAGGAAGCACGGGGAGGAGCAGCAGCUGCCAGCCGUGGGGCUCACCAACCACCAGCUCUUCUUCGUGGGAUUUGCCCAGGUGUGGUGCUCGGUCCGCACACCAGAGAGCUCUCACGAGGGGCUGGUGACCGACCCCCACAGCCCUGCCCGCUUCCGUGUGCUGGGCACGCUCUCCAACUCCCGAGACUUCCUGCGCCACUUCGGCUGCCCUGUGGGCUCCCCCAUGAACUCUGGGCAGCUGUGCGAGGUGUGGUAGACUUUGGGGCCGGAGCGGGGAUGGCCGGCUGUCGCUAGGGCCAGGGCCGGGGCCCCUGGGUUAGGAGAAAGCGCACACGAGCUGGGCUGGGCCCAGCACCUCCACAUCGCAGGUGACAAGAGUCCAGGCCCCCCUCCACUACCACACUGUGCCUCUGCUUGGGGGUGGCCCUGCCUCCAGCGGAGCCCCCACCGUUCACUGUGAUAGCCCUCCGUGUCACCCAGCCCGGAGGAGGCCUGGGUCGGGGGCCAGCUCCCGCAGGAAGGAGGCUGCCUCUUACGGCUCCAACUCAGUGAGCUUGCGGGUCGGGGGCCCGCUGUGCCUCCCCAGCUCCUCCUGGACUCACGCAGCGCCCGCUUGGUAGUGGGCUCGGCCCCCACCAGCCCUGCGCGCCUUGUGCUGAUGUCACACACUGCUGCCCACCCUCGCGGGCAGCCCCGCUAUGCUUGGCACUCAGUGGAAGCCAAAGGACCUUUAUUUAAGCUUUCCUGCUGGUCCCAGCCCUGGCUGAGAGGGAAAGUGGGUGUGUAGAGGGUGCUGGUUCCUACCUUUCAGGGCAUGAGUCUUGGGGGUGACAGAGUCUCCCUGGACCAAGCAGACAGAGCAGGGAGAGGGGAGGACAGAGUUUAUUUUUACAGGGAAGAGGGUGGGAGGGUGUGAUCUUGGCCAUGUAGGACCCUAUGCCAAUAAACAGACCCACGUCAGUCAGCCUGUCUCUCCCUUCAGUCCUGUUUUUGUUUAU